AUGCAUAUUUCAUUAAGAAAUUGGCGUGAAGUCCAUUCACCAAAACUAUUUUAUCCAGCAGUUGGACGUCUUCAAAUCGCUUAUCGUUUAACAACAAAUGGAAAAUUUCAAGAAGCUGUUGAAAAAUUUCGUUCAAUAUUAUUAUCUGUUGCAUUAUGUGUUGUUGAAUUACGUCAAGAUAUUCUUGAGAGUCAACAAUUAACUGAAAUAUGUAAAGAAUAUAUUGUUGAUUUACAAAUUGAAAAUUCAUUAUCUGGUACAGCCCAUUUACCGGAUUUUAUAGGACAAUUAUGUCGUGUUACAAAAGCAACUGAAAUUGGAAUUCUAAUUCUAUUAUCACUAUUAUUAACUUUUAAGGCAUAUAUUUAUCAUUUUGAAAAAGUAACUUAUCAUUAG